AUGCCAGAAAAAGAGCCUAUACGCGUCGGUGUGCUAGGUGCAACUGGCACGGUUGGCCAGCGCUUCAUCCUAUUGCUGGCGAAUCACCCCUACUUCGUACUUCAUGCUCUGGGUGCCUCGGCGAGAUCAGCCGGAAAACCAUACCCUCAGGCCGUGAACUGGAAGCAAUCGGAGUCUAUCCCCAACGCUGUGAAGGAGCUCGUGGUGCAUCCUUGCGAACCCCAGUUCUUCAAAGACUGUGCGGUCGUCUUUUCGGGAUUAGAUGCAGACGUUGCAGGCGACAUCGAGGCUGCCUUCCGCGCCGCUGAACUGGCUGUCUUCUCCAACGCAAAAUCUUAUCGUCGCGAUCCCCAUGUCCCUCUCAUUGUCCCUCUGGUCAACACUGGUCACCUUGCGAUGCUGCCUCAGCAACGCGCCUUCCACUCCCCGCCGUUACAGAAGGGCUUCAUCGUCACGAACGCCAACUGCUCGACUACGGGUAUCGUCGUGCCUCUACACGCCCUUGAAAAGGCAUUUGGACCAUUGGAGACGGUGAUUUGCACGACGCUCCAGGCGAUCAGUGGCGCUGGGUACCCGGGUGUUCCAUCGCUCGACAUCUUCGAUAACGUCGUACCGUACAUCUCGGGCGAAGAAGAGAAGAUCGAGUGGGAGACGCUCAAGAUCCUUGGUGGCCUUCAAGAAGACACAGAGAACGAGGCAUCUGCGAAGAAAGCUGGGUUGAAGCGGGCGUUGGCCUUCGACAUGCACGCGCAUACCCCUCUUCGCGUUUCCGCGAACUGCACGCGUGUACCGGUCCUCGAGGGCCACACAGCGACCGUCUCUGUGCGCUUCGCGCGCCGGCCUCCGCCAUCACCACAACAAGUCCGUGAAGCGCUGGCAGCAUUCACACCGGACGCGCAAGCGGCCGGCUGCCCUUCAGCGCCCCGGCACGCGAUCACCGUUCACGAGGCUCCGGAUAGGCCUCAACCGCGUUUGGACCGACUACUCGAUAACGGCGCAGGCGUCAGUGUGGGAAGGGUCAGGCAAUGUAGGGUGCUGGACAUCAAGUUCGUGUGCUUGGUCAACAAUGUCAACUUGGGCGCUGCGACGAGCAGCAUCAUCAAUGCGGAGAUGGCGCUGGCGAAGGGCGUGUUGUCUGUGUAA